AUGUUGUUGUCCUUGUGCCUGGUUCUCUUGCUUGAUUUUGGAAAAGGACCUCAAGUCGAAGCUUCUGUGACGUUGGUGAACGGUUCCAACUCUUGUGCUGGACGAGUUGAGGUUUAUUAUAAUGGAAUUUGGGGAACGGUGUGUGAUGACCUGUGGGAUAUAUCAGAUGCAACAGUGGUGUGUAGACAGAUGGGCUGUGGAACUGCUGUAGAAGUGAAUAUGGCUGCUUAUUUUGGACAAGGUUCAGGGCAAAUAUGGAUGGAUGAUGUAGGUUGUGUUGGCAGUGAGUUCACACUGCUUAACUGUGGACACCCGGGUUGGGGAGUACAAAACUGUGGACACACUGAAGACGCUGGAGUCACUUGUCAAGGAUCGAUCUCUGUUAGGAUGGUGAACGGUGACAAGUCUUGUUCUGGACGAGUUGAGAUUAAUUAUCAUGGUCAGUGGGGAACGGUGUGUGAUAAUGGCUGGGAUCUGUCGGAUGCUGCGGUGGUGUGUGGAGAGCUGGACUGUCCAGGUGCUGUAGAGGCGAAGCUUGGUGCUUAUUUUGGUCAAGGUUCCGGAAAAGUAUGGAUGGAUGCGGCACAAUGUUCUGGUGCCGAGGCUUCAUUGGUGAGCUGUUCGUCCACGAGAUGGGACAUACCGAGCUGUAGCCAUGCGAAAGAUGCUGGAGUCGUCUGUAUACGUGAGCUAAAAAUCCUCAUUGCAUGUUGUUCACCCAAAAACAGAAAUGAAAGUUUAGCUGCGGUCAGGUUGGUGAACGGCCCCGACUCUUGUUCUGGACGAGUGGAGGUUUAUCAUAACGGCGUAUGGGGAACCGUGUGUUCAGAUCUCUGGGAUGCUCUUGAUGCUACGGUGGUGUGUAAAGAACUGGGAUGUCCAACCGGUGCCGAAGCAGUCAAAUACUCCUACUUUGGAUCUGGUUCGGGAAAUAUAUGGAUGGAUGAUGUUCAGUGUACAGGGAGUGAAUCCACACUAAGGAGCUGUGCGUUUUAUGGAUGGGGAUCGCACAGCUGUGAUCACACGCUUGAUGCUGGAGUCAUCUGUCGAGAUGUUAGACUGGCAAAUGGACUUAAGUGGUGUGCUGGAAGAGUGGAGGUCUUACAUAACGGUCAGUGGGGAACUGUGUGUGAUAAUGGCUGGGAUGUAUCAGACGCUACAGUGGUGUGUGAAGACAUGGGUUGCGGGACUCCUGCAGUAGUAAGGACCGGGGCUUAUUUCGGUCAGGGUUCGGGGUCCGUGUGGAUGGAAGAUGUGAGCUGUGCUGGGAAUGAGUCAAAAGUGACCCAGUGUCCAGCAAAGCGAUUAGGAACAGCCAACUGCAGCCAUACCCAAGAUGCUGGAGUCUCCUGUAGAGAUGAAAAGCUGGUGGGUGGUACCGGUCCAUGUGAUGGCAGAGUUCAGGUGUCUUACAGUGGUCAGUGGGGUGCUGUGUGUCACACUAACUGGGGUCUGGAUGAUGCCACGGUUUUGUGUCGAGAGCUGGGCUGUGGGAAACUUAUACAGGCAACCUCAUAUUCGGGUCCAGUGUAUGGGAACAAAUGGAUGGAUUAUCUUGAAUGUACAGGAACGGAGUCGACACUGCGGAAAUGCCCGUUUACCGGAUGGGGUGUGAGCAGUUGUGGGGACGGACUUUAUGCAGGAGCCGUUUGCAACAGUGUUAAACUGGUGAAUGGAACUAACCAGUGUUCUGGAAGAGUGGAGGUCUUAUAUUAUGGUCAGUGGGGAACAGUGUGUAGUGCUGGCUGGGAUUUAACAGAUGCUGCAGUCGUGUGUAAAACCGUGGGAUGCGGGCCUCCUGUAGCAGUAAAGCCUGGAGCUUUCUUCGGAGAGGGUUCGGGACCCGUGUGGCUGGAUGAUUUGAGAUGUACCGGGACUGAGUCAUCAGUGAAAAACUGUCCAUCAAAGGCUUUAGGAACAAGCAACUGCACCCAUAAAAAUAUCGCUGGAGUCAUCUGUCAACCUGCGGUCAGGCUGGUGAACGGCCCCGACUCUUGUUCUGGACGAGUGGAGGUUUAUCAUAACGGUGUAUGGGGAACCGUGUGUUCAGAUAUCUGGGAUGCUCUUGACGCUACAGUGGUGUGUAAAGAACUGGGAUGUCCGACAAAUUCUGAAGCAGUCAAAUAUUCCUACUUUGGACCCGGUACGGGAAAUAUAUGGAUGGACGACGUUCAGUGUACAGGGACUGAGUCGUCACUAAAGGACUGCAGGUUUUAUGGAUGGGGAUCACACAACUGUGAUCAUACACAUGAUGCUGGAGUUUUCUGUCGAGAUGUUAGGCUGGUAAAUUCAGGCAGUCUGUGUUCUGGAAGAGUGGAGGUCUUACAUAAUGAUCAGUGGGGAACGGUCUGUGAUGCUGGCUGGGAUUUAAGAGACGCUUCAGUGGUGUGUAAAAACAUGGCUUGCGGGACUCCUUUAGCAGCAAAGAUCGGAGCUUAUUAUGGUCAGGGUUCAGGAUCUGUGUGGAUGGAAGAUGUGAGCUGUACUGGAAAUGAGACAUCAGUGACACAAUGUCCAUCAAACGGAUUAGGAGCAGCCAACUGCACCCAUACCCAAGAUGCUGGAGUUAUCUGUCGUGAUGUAAAGCUGGUGGAUGGGACCGGUCUAUGUGAUGGCAGAGUUCAGGUGCUUUAUAAUGGUCAGUGGGGUCCUGUGUGUCACACUGGUUGGGGUCUGCUAGACGCCAGGGUUUUGUGUCUGGAGCUGGGCUGUGGUGAAGUUAUAGAAACAUCCUCGUAUUCUGCAACAGUUCACGGGCCAAAAUGGAUGGAUAAUGUGGCAUGUACAGGAACGGAGUCGACACUGCGGAGCUGUCCGUUUACCGGAUGGGGUGUGAGCAGUUGCGGGGAUGGACUUUACGCAGGAGUUGUUUGCCACAAUGUAAAACUGGUAAAUGGGGGUAACCAGUGUUCUGGAAGAGUGGAGGUCUUACACAACAAUCUGUGGGGAACGGUCUGUGAUGAUGGCUAUGAUUUUAAAGAUGCUACAGUGGUGUGUAAACAAGUAGGUUGUGGGCUCCCUAUAGAAGUAAAGCCUGGAGCUUUCUUCGGAGAGGGUUCAGGACCCUUGUGGAUGGAUGAUUUGAGAUGUACUGGGACUGAGUCAUCAGUGAAAAAUUGUCCAUCAAAGGCUUUAGGAACAAGUACAUGCAGCCAUGAACAAGAUGUUGGAGUCACCUGUCGCCGUAGCUCAUAUGUGAAACUAAUAUUUCCUGCAGAAGUAAAACUGGUGGAUGGUACCGGUCCAUGUGAUGGAAGAGUUCAGGUGCUUUAUAAUGGUCAAUGGGGUUCAGUUUGUCACACUAACUGGGGUCUUGAAGAUGCCACGGUUUUGUGUCGAGAGCUGGGCUGUGGUGAAGCUUUACAGGCAACCUCAUAUUCAGGUUCAUAUCUUGAGUCAAAAUGGAUGGAUUAUCUUGGAUGUACAGGAAAGGAGGCGUCAGUGCGGAGCUGUCCGUUUACAGGAUGGGGCGUGAGCAGUUGUGGCAACGGACUUUACGCUGGAGCUGUUUGCAAGAAUGUUAAACUGAUGAAUACAACUAAUCCGUGUUCUGGAAGAGUGGAGGUCUUAUAUAAUGGUCAGUGGGGAACCGUUUGUGAUGAUGGCUGGGAUUUAACAGACGCUGCAGUCGUGUGUAAACACAUGGGUUUUGGGACUCCUAAAACCGCGACGACCGGAGCUUUCUUCGGACAGGGUGUAGGACCCGUGUGGCUGGCUGAUGUGAGAUGUACCGGGACUGAGUCAACGUUGAAAUAUUGUCCAUCAAAAACAGUGGGGACAAGUACCUGCAGCCAUGCAAAAGAUGCUGGAGUCAUCUGUAACCCUCCCGUCAGGUUGGUGAACGGCCCCUACUCUUGUUCUGGUCGAGUGGAGGUUCUUCAUUAUGGAACAUGGGGAACUGUCUGUAUGGAUGUCUGGGAUGCUCUUGAUGCAGCAGUGGUGUGUAGAGAACUGGGAUGUCCAUCCCAUGCGGAAGCAAAAAGAUUUUCUUACUUUGGACCCGGUACGGGAACAAUAUGGAUGGACGACGUUCAGUGUACAGGGACUGAGUCGUCACUGAAGGAUUGUGUAUUUUUCGGAUGGGGAUCGCACAACUGUGAUCAUACACAUGAUGCUGGAGUCAUCUGUCGAGAUCUUAAACUGGCAGAUACUACUAGUCAGUGUUCUGGAAGAGUGGAGGUCUUAGACAACGAUGAGUGGGGAACGGUCUGUGAUGCUGGCUGGGAUUUAACAGACGCUGGAGUGGUGUGUAAAAACAUGGGUUGCGGGACUCCUGUAGAAGCAACGAUCGGGGCUUAUUUCGGACAGGGUUCAGGAUCCGUGUUCCUAGAAGAUGUAGGCUGUACUGGGAAUGAGACAUCAGUGAUACAGUGUCCAUCAAAUGGAUUAAGAACAAGCACAUGCACCCAUAGAGACGAUGCUGGAGUCGUCUGUCGAGAAGUAAAGCUGGUGGAUGGUACCAGUCCAUGUGAUGGAAGACUUCGGGUGCUUUAUACCGGGCACUGGGGGUCAGUGUGUCACACUGGUUGGGGUCUGGAAGAUGCUACGGUUUUGUGUCGAGAGCUGGGCUGUGGUGAAGUUUUAGAGGUCACCUCAUAUGUGGGUCCAUAUGAUGGGCCAAAAUGGAUGGAUAAUGUGGCAUGUAGAGGAAAGGAGUUGACACUGAGGAGCUGUGGGUUUACCGGAUGGGGCGUGAGCAGUUGCGUAGGCGAAGGUUACGCAGGAGUUGUUUGCAACAAUAUUAAACUGGCUGAAGGAGCUCAUAUAUGUGCUGGUAGAGUGGAGGUCUUACAUAAUUUUAAGUGGGGAACGGUCUGUGAUGCUGGCUGGGAUUUAACAGACGCUGGAGUGGUGUGUAAAAACAUGGGCUGUGGGACACCUUUAGAAGCAAAGUCUGAGGCUUUCUUCGGACAGGGUUCAGGGACUGUGUUGAUGGAAGAUUUAAAAUGUACUGGGAAAGAGCUAACAGUGAAACAAUGUCCAUCCAUAGCACUUGGAACAAGUAUGUGCAACCAUAAACAAGAUGCUGGGGUCAUUUGUCGAGAUAUAAAGGUGGUCAAUGGUACGAGUCCAUGUGAUGGCAGACUUCAGGUUCUUUAUGAUCAGCAGUGGGGUACAGUGUGUUACAAUGGCUGGGAUGUGGAUGACGCUACAGUUUUGUGUAGUGAGCUGGGAUGUGGUGAAGUUGCAGUGCCAGUGCCAUAUAUGGGUCCGUUUGUUGGGCCAGUUUGGAUGGAUAAUGUUGCAUGUACAGGAAAAGAAUGGUUGUUACAUGACUGUUCGUUUACCGGAUGGGGUGUGAGCAGUUGUGCCAACGGACUUCACGCAGGAGUUGUCUGCAUCAGGUUUGUGAGAAAGAAUGUGGUAAAGAUUACCGUUUCCGUCGAGUAUGACAUUGAUGUCAAUGACCCGGUAAUCAAGAAGAGCAUUUUAGACGAGAUAAACAAAGUGGUUAAAAGCAGAGGAAAUUAUUUUGCAAUCUGGAAAACACAGCUUAAUGGGAUGGUAUUCCAAAAAAUAAAAACAUGCAUCACGAUGUAUUGCUUAUGGCUUUUUGUUCUCCUGUCGGAUUUCCAAAAAGGACCUGAAGCGGAAGCUCUUGUGAGGUUGGUGAACGGCGUGGACUCUUGUUCUGGUCGGGUGGAGGUUCAGUUUAAUGGACUUUGGGGCACGGUGUGUGACAGCGGAUGGGGUCUACCAGACGCUGCGGUGGUGUGUUAUGAGGCCGGCUGUGGGCCUGCUAUAGAAGCAAAGACGGGUGCUUUUUUUGGAGAAGGUUUAGGAGAUAUAUGGCGGAGUAACGUGACUUGUUUGGGCUCUGAAUCCUCCUUGAUGAACUGCCAGUGGCUUCAACAGGCCUGUACGCAUCAGAAUGACGCAGGAGUCGUGUGCCAAGCCUGGCCUUCUCUUAGGUUGGUGAGCGGCUUCGACUCUUGUUCUGGACGAGUGGAGGUUUUGCAUGAUGGUGUGUGGGGAACGGUGUGUGAUAAUGGUUGGGAUCUGUCGGAUGCUGCAGUGGUGUGUAAAGAAAUGGGUUGCGGUGUUGUCAUAGAGGCGAAGCUUGGUGCUCAUUUCGGUCAAGGUUCGGGACAAAUAUGGAUGGACGCUGUGCAGUGUGCUGGAAGUGAGGCUUCAUUGGAGAGCUGUGCGUCGACAACAUGGGGAACGGCGAGCUGUGACCAUUCAAAAGAUGCUGGAGUCAUCUGUACAUCUUCUUUGAGGUUGGCAAACGGCUACGACUCUUGUUCUGGACGAGUGGAGGUUCUUCAUAAUGGGAUAUGGGGAACGGUGUGUGAUGAUGGCUGGGAUUUAAUAGAUGCUGGGAUGGUGUGCCGAGAAGUGGGCUGUGGCAAUGUGAUAGAGGCAAAGAGUUAUGCAUUUUUUGGAGCAGGUACAGGACAAAUAUGGAUGGAUGAUGUGAGUUGUUCUGCGAGUGACCAAAAACUGAUCAAAUGUAUAUCCAAUGCAUGGGGAUAUCACAACUGUGUGCAUGAUGAAGAUGCUAGCGUCAUCUGCCAAUAUAUUGUUAGGUUGGUGAACGGCCCGUUCAGUGGCAGGCUGGAGGUUUUCCAUGAUGGAGAAUGGGGAACGGUGUGCGAUGAUGGCUGGGAUCUGUUAGAUGCUUCGGUGGUGUGCAGAGAACUGGGCUAUUGGAACGCUAAAGCUAUGAAAAACAGCUCUGUUUUUGGUCAGGGCACAGGACCCGUGUGGGUCAGGAAUGCACAAUGCAAUGGAGAUGAGACCAGUUUGAGGACCUGUCCAUCAAUGGUGUGGCAAUCCCAGAACUGCAGUCAUGACAAAGAUGUUGGGAUCGUCUGUACAGUGGUCCAGUUAACUGGUGGUGGUGGUGAGUGUUCUGGACGAGUGGAGGUUUAUCAUGAAGGCCAGUGGGGAGGCGUGUGUUCAGAUUCUUGGGAUUCCACAGACGCAGCAGUGUUGUGCAGGGAGUUGGGAUGUCCGAGCAAUGCUGUAGCAAAGAAAUGGUCUUAUUUCGGAUCGGGUUCGGGAUUAAUAUGGUUAGAAAGUGCUGACUGCACAGGAACUGAAUCAUCACUGAAAGAGUGCAAUUUAAAUACCUGGGGAGCAGAUGCAUGCAUUGGAAAUGAUGCUGGAGUCAUCUGUCGAGAUAUUCAACUGGUAAAUGGAGACAACGUAUGUUCUGGAAGAGUAGAAGUGUUUUAUAAUGGUCAGUGGGGAACAGUCUGUGAUGCUGGCUGGGAUUUAAUAGAUGCUUCAGUGGUGUGUAAACACAUGGAUUGUGGGACUCCUGUAACAGCAUGGCCCGGUGCUUUUUUCGGACAGGGUUCAGGACCCGUGUGGCUGGAUGAUGUGAGUUGUUUCGGGGAUGAGCCAACAGUAAAACAUUGUCUAUCAAAGGAAUUAGGAACAAGUACGUGCAGCCACAUACAAGAUGCUGGAGUCUCCUGUCAAAUUACAAAGCUGGUUGAUGGCCCCAAUCCGUGUGAUGGCAGACUUCAGGUUCUUUAUGAUCACCAUUGGGGGUCAGUGUGUAACACCGGUUGGGGUCUGGAAGAUGCUACAGUUUUGUGUCGAGAGCUGGGAUGCGGUGAAGCCCCAGUGCCAAUGGCGUAUGUGGGACCAUCUGUUGGGCCAGUAUGGAUGGACAAUGUCGCAUGUACAGGAACUGAGUUAAAAGUGCAAGACUGUCCGUUUACCGGAUGGGGUGUGAGCAGUUGUUUGGACGGACUCCACGCAGGAGUCAUGUGCAUCAAAUUUGUGAGAAGAGGUGUGGUGAGGAUUGAGGUUUCAGCUAAGACUGGCUUUGAUGUCAACGACAUAAAUUUUAAGAAGGACCUUUUGGAAAAGAUAAAGAAAGUGGUUUAAAGCAAAGGGGAUUAUUAUGUGAACUGGAGAACACAGCCCGACGGACAGAUAUUCCAAAAAUAUUCCACAUACACAACACAGCGACA